AUGGGUUCUUCAGGAAGUGAACGCGAUCUCGGCGCCGGCGUCCGGUUCACCAUGCCGCCGCCUGUGAGCUUCAGGGACAGCGCAACGUCAAGCAUAGUAAGUGGAUCGAGCACUCAGGAUAAGCACGAUGUUAUGGUCAAAUACUUGCAUCGAAAGGUCGGGAACUCAAAAUGGCUUGAGCCACCAGAAGGCGAGUAUGGGGUUAUCGACGGCGGAGCCUCGAAUCUUGGAGUCCUGCUCCGGAGGCCGGAUGGUAUCUAUACGGCUGAACCAAUGUUCAUGAAUCCCGACAUUGUCAAAGCAGUUGAACGACUCGGAGUGACAGCCGCCUUUACCAUGUCAUCCGAGAUCACUCAAGCACUUCUCAACCAGACGACUCCGUUCCAGACCGAGAUACCGUUGGACCCGCGAGGGGUCGCCCUUCCCAUUGUCGACUCGGUCAAGAGCAUCGCGACUGGCAAGUGCACAGUGACCCGAGACGCAUAUAUCUGCCUUUGCAGAGCGGAGAAGUUUGUCUUGGUUUGGGGCGACACUGCGCAAGGUAUCCUCGCACACGGUACCGACGUUGAGAACAGGCUACUCGGGAUUGUUUGGGGAGAACAGGUAGCCACACCCGACACCCAACUGUCACCCUAUCGGACGUCCUUAGCACCCACCCGGCAAUCCACCCUUCGCAUGCACUCUGGAAUCCCGUCCGGCUACCAUACACCAGACGACCCCAUCAUCAGCGAAAAGGUUGGUGUGAUUCAAGCAGCCAUCAAGCGCGAAGAAGAAGGCGAUCAAGCAUUCGACCCCGAGAAGGAUGGAGAUGCACCACCAAAACGACAAAUGCUCCUCACUCAUGCCGUCAUCAUUGGCCUCGCGAUGGUUCUUGUGGUCGUCGUUGAAAUGGCAUGUCUCGCGAAGCUCAUCACCGAAGUGCGGUUAGAUGGAAGCAUGAUCCGGUUUGCUCUGGUGGCCACCAUCCCGCUAUUCGCCAUGUUCUCGUUGUUCUUCAUGAUCGUCAUUACCGGAUCCGCGUUCCAGCUAUUCUUCCCGUUAUCGGGCCUGAGUGGAAAUUCUAUAUUCUAUUCCGCUAAACCACCAAUCAUCGCUCGUCACAAAAACUAUGAGCUCCCUCAUAUCACCAUUCAGAUGCCUGUCUAUAAGGAAGGCCUGAAAGGUGUCAUCAUUCCUACCGUGACCUCUCUUCUUGCGGCGGUGAGGCACUAUGAAGAGCAAGGAGGUACCGUUUCGAUAUACGUCAACGAUGACGGUAUGCAAAUUGUCAAGCCCGAGCUCCAGGAAGCGCGCAAGGCUUUCUACGAGAUCAACAGCAUCGGAUGGUGCUCUCGACCGGGUCAUUGCGAUAAAGAGAUCAAUGAAGGUGACGUAGUGUUCCUUCGGAAGGGCCAGUUCAAGAAAGCGUCCAACAUGAACUAUUGCCUGGACUUCUCGAUCCGAGUUGAAGAUGAGUUGCUUCGUCUGAUUGAGGCAACGUGCCGGGAACGGGGAUGCACCUCUGAAGAACUGAGCGUCGAGGAGGAGGAAGAGCUGUACGGGAAAGCACUGAAUGCGAUGAUCGAAUCCGACGAAGGGCGCACUUGGGCCGCUGGCAAUGUGCGACUGGGCGAGAUCAUCCUCAUUAUCGACUCAGAUACGCGUGUGCCAGAGGACUGCCUCAUCUUCGGUGCGCUCGAAAUGUACGAGAGUCCUGAGGUGGCAUUGAUCCAGCACGCGUCCGGAAUCCUACAGGUCGUCAACAACGUCUUCGAAAAUGGCAUCACAUAUUUCACGAACCUGAUCUAUACCUCCAUCCAAUUCGCCGUCGGAAACGGGGACUGUGCUCCAUUCGUCGGCCACAAUACCUUUAUCCGCUGGAAAGCAAUCCAGAGCAUCUCAUUCCAGGAAGAUGGACAGACCAAAUUCUGGUCUGAAUCCCAUGUGUCCGAAGAUUUCGACGUCUCCCUCCGACUGCAAAUGGCCGGCUUUAUUGUACGCCUUGCAGCCUACCACAAUGGCGGUUUCAAAGAGGGUGUCUCGUUGACUGUGUACGACGAACUCGCUCGAUGGGAGAAGUACGCGUACGGUUGUAACGAACUCGUGUUCAAUCCCUUAUUAAAGUGGCCGAUCAAAGGACCAUUUACCCGGCUCUUCCUCCGAUUCAUGUUCAGCAACAUCAAAAUCACCUCUAAAAUCACCAUCCUGGCGUAUAUCGGAACAUAUUAUGCCAUCGCAUCCGCAAUCCCUCUAACUCUAGCCAAUUAUCUGAUUGUCGGGUGGUUCGGCGAUAAUGUCGACCAGUUUUACAUCACUUCGUGGAAGAUCUUCGUGGGCAUGGCAGUCAUCUUCAACGUUGUCUCCCCCCUCGCCUACGCUAUGUUACGGCAUCGACUGGGACAGAAGACCUUCUUUAUGUCGCUGCUCGAGACUAUGAAGUGGACACCGAUGUUCCUUCUCUUCUUCGGAGGGCUGUCAUACCAUUUGCUCAAAGCCAUUGCCUGCCAUUUCUUCAGCAUUAGGAUGGAAUGGACUACGACUGCAAAGGAACUGGAAGAAUCGGGUUUCCGUGCCGGCCUCGAUCGGAUCGUCCAAGACUUUAAGUAUAUGUACCUCAUAAUCGUCCCGAUGACUGGUGGCAUCAUUUAUUUAGCCCAGUAUGCUCCGCGGGCCUGGGAGAUCAAGGAUUUCGCAGCAAUCGUUCCUUUGGCCAAUCAAAUCGGUUGCCACGCUCUUCUUCCGUUCGCUCUCGGGUUGUUCUGAUGGUUGCAAACGAGACAUGUCCAAUUCCAUAUCGCCAGCUGCGACUUCCAUGCAUUCGUUUGAUUUCCCACAUGCACGACGUUCUCUUUAGGUGUUAGUAAUAGACGGGGGGAAUCGGUCAUUGAUACAUUCUUGUUUGAUUUAACAUGCUCCUGGUGCUAGCAUGGUUCUCAUAGUUGCUGGAUAGGUUGAAAUGGACUUGACUAGAUGGGACGCAUAUGUGCUGGACAUAUCAGGCACAGAGGGGUUACGAGGGGAGGAACCACAAAAGCGGAUAGCGACAGGAAUUUUCGACAUUGACAAUUUGAUAGUUAUUGUAAUUCUUAGGACCUGUUUUACCAGACAGCCAGAUUGAAAAAUGAAACACACUCAACCAC